AUGGCUCUCUGGCCCUUUUCUUGGGGCUCAGCCGCGCCCGACCCUUCCAGCUCGCCCAAACACUCGUCGCCCGCCUCGCUCUCGACGAAACACGUCUCGGCGCCUGGGGGAGCGGUCGACCCGGACGCAGACGCGGGAACCGAGGUACAGACGGCGUUGGCGAGCUGGGCAGCGCUGCUCGAGCCGUUCAAGGGAGGCCAGCUCCCCGAGAAGGCGAGGACCGAUCCGAGUAUCAGGCAGAAGCUGGUUACGACCGCGCCCGCGCUGUGGGAGUACCUGCCCUUCCUCGCAAAGCAGGGCACCUCCCUCACGAAAGCCUUCGUCCAGCAUCACCUCUACGGCCCGCCCAAACCGUCAUGGGGGGUCGAGCUCACCCUCUUCACCACCUUCCUCCGCGAAGUCUCGAGCUACUCGCACCUUUCCUCCCUCGCACGAUUACGAUCUGUCCUCGAACUCGGCUCUCUCCUCCCCACUCCAAAAGACGGCAUCGUGACGCCCAUCUCGUUCCGCGUCAAGCGUCGCAACCUCCGUGGCAUCCUCGCUCCCUACGACGCGCAAGAGACAGGCCAGCGGGAGAUCAGCGGCGAGUGGGUGACGAACAAGCGGCUUUGGAGGAAGAUGACGCGCGAGUGGACGCUGGAUCAGAAGGGGACCGGGGACGAGGCGCGCGCGAAGGACGGUGCGAACAAGGACGGUUAUGUCUGCUUGUACCUCCACGGAGGGGCGUACUACAUGUUCUCGGCGGAGACGCAUCGGUACUUGACCAUCUCGGUCUCGCGGUACUGCGAGGCGCGCGUCUUUGCCAUCAACUACCGCCUUGCGCCCGAGACGCGCUUCCCAGGCCAGCUGCACGACGCCGUCUCAGCCUACAUGCGCCUCACGCUCGACCUCAAGAUCCCUCCCGAGAACAUCAUCUUCGCCGGCGACAGCGCAGGAGGAGGAUUGUGUCUCGCAACGCUCAUGUACCUGCGCGAUGAAGAAUACCCCUUGCCGGCUGGCGCCAUUUUGAUGAGUCCUUGGGUCGACUUGACCAUGUCGUGCGAGAGCUGGACGACGAACCGGCCCUACGACUACCUCCCGAACCCCAACACCGAAGACGACCACCUCCAUCCCGUCAAGUGUCUUCUCGGCGAGUCGAUCGAGCAGUACCUCACACAUCCCUAUGUCUCCCCUCUCUUCGGCGACUUUACGGGACUCCCACCCCUGUUGGUGCAGGCGGGCGAUGCGGAGGUCCUCAGGGAUGAGAUCACGUUGUUGGCGCACAAGGCGGCGUUGGCGGGUGUGAGGGUCGAGCAUGAAAUCUUCGAGGACUGCGUCCACGUCUUCCAAGCCUUCCUCAUGCUCGAAGCCUCCCGCCGGGCCUUCCAAUCCCAACGCGUCUUCGUCAAGCACACCCUUCCCCGUCUGCGCCGCAAAGCCGCCGCCGCUUCUGCCUCAACUACCGCAACGACUUCGACUGCACCGACGCCCGAGACCGAGUCGACUGUGAGUGGCGAGGAGGAGGCGAGGAAGGCGGAAGAGGGCGAAGGGUUCGAUUUCGCCGAAGUCGAUCGAGAAGUCACCGCCGACGCGCACGAGGUCGACCAGACGGGCAAAGCGGAGAAGCGCAGUUUGCCCAACACGCCCAUCCUCGGACGGGGCGAGGCAGAGUUGCCUCCUCAAUUGCGGCCGAGCGACGAAGACGAGGAAGACGAGGACCUCGAUGCGGAUGUCGAGAGCGAGUUGGACAGGUCGAGCGAGGCGAGUAACACCCCGCCUAUGUUGUCGCCGAGACUGGUCGCGGCGUCGCCGUUCUUUCGCGCGGAUGCUGGCAACGACGGUAGCUCGCCUAUGAAGCUCGACGAGGAGGUCGACCCGUUGUCGCCAACGCCCGCCAACGCCGCACCGCCUUCAGCCGCCAUGUCCAAGAGCAGCAGUGCGUCGAGCAGUACCGGCCAGCGAUCUGUCCGACCCAUGCUUCGAGCGUACGCCUCUGCGCGAGACCUCUCCAUGUCGACUCUGCGACACCCUCCCUCCGCCGCCUCUUCUCCCACCGCAACGACCGCUACGCGCAAACACCGCUCGUCAACAGUCGCCGGUCCCGCUCCAACGCAGAGUCCCGGCUCUCGCUCGACGCCGACUUCUCCUCGCGGCUCGAUCGUCGCCCUCUCGCCGCUCUCGCCCAAACCGGUCACGGAGCGACAUCGCCCGCUCCACGCACGGACGACGAGUCAUCCCGAGUUCCAGCAGCUGCUGCAGAGCUACAUGGAGGACGGCGCGGCGCCGCGAGCGAAGACGAGGGUUUGGGGUGCAGGGAACGAAGGCGAGGAUGUCGAAGUCGAGUGA